UUUUUUUUUUUUUUUUUUUUUUUUUUUUUUUUUUUUUUAAUAACCCCGGGAAACAAAGAAAUAAAAAUAAUUCCUGGUCGGUCCCUCCCCGCCGCGUCCCCCCGCGCAGCCGCCGCGCAACGACCCGCCCUCCCCGACGCUGUCCAAUCGGGCGGCUGGUGACGCAAGAAUGACGGCUCUCUCAACCAAUCGGAGGCGGAAAAAGGCAGACGGACGGCCGAGGAGGCCUAUGAAAGUGCCGCGAUAUUGGUCCCGCCCCGCGUCACCGAACGGCCUGCCCACGCGCUUGAUUGACGGUCACGAGAGCCCGUCGCAGAACACGGAUUGUGAAUUGACGGCUCUUCAACCAAUCGCGAAGCAGUUCUUGCUCUCUUCCCGCCCACUGCCCGUCUGCGCUGGUUCCCGUCCCGUGCUGUGAUUGACAGCAAGGCUGCCCAAUGGGAAAGAGGAGGAAAACUCAAAGGACAGCUCAGCUAUCCAUUCGGAAGCGGAAAAAGGAGGGCUUAAUUUCCUCUGUCACCGUAGCUCUGAAGGGCCGCCCCUCACACUUGAUUGACAACCUCGCUGACAAAUCACUAUCGUAAUCCUCGGGGAGCGCUGUUCUUCCGUAACAACGCAGCCCCGUCCCGACGCCUCUCAGGAGGUCUGGAGGAGGUGCGAGAAAAAAAAAAAAGAAAACCAAACAGCGGAGCGACUGCAGCGAAGAAACACGUUCAGGAGAGUGGCAGGAGAGCGGCCCAAUGGCGGGGCAGGAAGGGGCGGGGCAACGCGGCCGUCCCAUCUCCGAUCGGUCCAAAGACGGACGGUGUUUGGCGACGGACCAAUCAGAGCCCAGGAAAGCUGCUAGCAUUCGGCCAAUGGGAAACCCGUCCCUAAGGCAGGGCCUGUGAGUGGGGAGGGGCGCUCAGCCAAUGGGAAGCGGAGGUGGAGCGGAACUUCCGUUGUCUCCGCCCCUUCCGGUUAGGCCUGCCUUGUCACGGGCGGCGCCGCCCUCAGUUUGUACUGCAGCCACGCGGGGCUGCGUGGCCACCCGGCCUGCGAGCGGGGCUUCGAACCGCGCCUGGCUUCUUCCCUGUGCCGGGGCUGCGUGCGGGUCCUAAGCGUAGUCUCUGGUGGAUGGGUUCGGGCUGAGGAGCGCGGCCCUGCUGUGGCGUUAAAGCCUGUUCGGUUCACGGGGGGAUUUGAGGCAAAAAGUCCAGAAUCAGCAUUUACAGCGGGACGGGAGGAUCCCAGGAGUCAUGCAGAAUGGUGGCUGGAGUUCUGAAUCCUCAGCGUGCUUCCCAGGUGGUUGCACUGCAGAUGGGAGAUGUGUUGAUAAAGCACACGCAGUCACUGCAUCCGCCAGCUCUGCACCUUGUAGGUGUUCCAUAGCAGCUCAGCUGACGUUGAGUCAAGUCUGAGUUACCCAACAUGGUCACCAAAUCCCCCCAGAAAGGAGCUGGAUGCAGAUCUUCCAUGGGACAUAACAGCUUCUGCCAUGUAGCCCUGCCUGUGUGCCCCAAACGUUCGCUUUGGUGGCUGCUUAUUUAAAGAAAAAGCAUGUGCCAACCUAAAGGCUGAGAACCCUCAAGGCAUUGGGUGCCUCGUAGCCACGGUGGGGCAAUGGAAGUCGAUGCGUUUCUGAAUGCAGGUCAGGUCUGAAGCAAUCAGGUUGGUUCUCAGUUAAAAGCCUGCAGUGCGUCUGCUUGCAGUUUCCAGGCCUGGGGUUACCCAUGGGGAUGUGGGUGUUGGGUUGUAGCCUAACGAAGCUGAGAACCACAAUCAGAAUCUCAGCAGGGCAUUUCCUGAAGUAGUGGUGGAGGGCCUCAGGUCUGGACUACAGUCUGGACUAUAAGCAAUAUAAAGAAAUAAUGAUAUUGCGUGAGCUUCAGCAUCCCACGGCUGUGAGUCUGCAUGUCUGCAUGUUUUUCUCACCGUUCAGCUGAUACGUGAGGAGCCACAGCAGCUGGACCACUGUGAGGAUGGUAUCCUGCAGAAUUGCAGGAUCGACCAUUUGGCAUGGUUCUGUUUGUGAGUACUUUUGAGUUUAGUCCAUGUCAGCUAAGUUUGGGCUCCUGACGUGCACCAGAUAAGGAAUGUUCGUUGCCAAUGCCUCUUGGGUUUUUUAUCUCUCUUUUAUUCCCCCUCCCCCCUCCUUAACUGUUGGUUUGAGCUGACACAAACAUUGUUGAUAGAAGAAAGUAUUAAGGUGUUUGUGCCUAAGUAUCAUCUGGUGCACAAUGCCUUCUACUUACCUCAGCUUCCGAUGCAGCGUGCCGUGGUUGAUCAUUUCUGUGGAAGCUGUCUUCGUCGUCUUUUAUUUUUUGUUCUCAGACAUGCUUACAUUCUUUACCUACUCAGAUUUGCAGGAUGUCAGCCACAUGCUGAUUAUUGGAUUUGGUUUUUUCCUGACGUUUUUGAAACGAUACAGUUUUAGCAGCAUGGGAUUGAACCUCCUGAUCAUCCUACUUGGCUUCCAGUGCUCCAUUCUGAUGGAGAAUGUAUCACUUUUCCUGACAGGAGGAAUGUUGGGAGGUAGUCUGCACAGCAUAACGCAAGCUGCUAUGAACGUGGUUGCUGUGGUCAUCUCCAUUGGAGCUGUUCUUGGGAAGAUUAAUCCCAUGCAAUCAAUUGUGAUGACAGUUGUAGAGAUAGUAGUUUUCUGUAUGAGCAAAUUGAUCAACAUGUAUAUCCUGAAGGCUUCAUAUCUUGUAAGCAUGAUGCAUGUUCACCUAUUUGGGGCAUACUUUGGUCUGGCUGUCUCCUCACGUUUCUCUGAGCCACCACCAAGGGCUGAGAAGAAUGCAAGUACUCCAAAAUCGGACUUACUGUCAAUGCUGGGCACUCUCUUUCUUUGGGUGUUCUGGCCAAGCUUCAACUCUGCACUGGCUGAGGAAAAGGAUAAAGUGAUCUUUAACACCUGCUUAGCACUUGCAGUAAGUGCUGUAACUGCCUUUGCCUUGUCUGGUCUGAUCACAAAGGAUGGAAAAUUCAGGAUGACUCAUAUCCACAGUGCAGCACUAGCUGGUGGGAUUACUAUUGGUUAUGCAGCAGACAGUAUCGAGUAUCCCUGGAUUGCAAUGAUUUUGGGUCUCCUUGCUAGUGUGAUAAGCAUACUAGGAUCUCUCUGUUUACAGAGUUGCUUGCACCCUACUCUCAAGAUUCAUGAUUCAUCUGGAGUUCAUUUCACGUUUGGUUUGCCUGCUGUGUUUGGAGCUCUUGCCCAAGUUAUUUUCUGGGUAAUGGAAAUCCAGACUGAAUUACCAAGCAUUGGCUCCAGGGUCGUAUUGAACAUCGGUGCCUCCUGUUUCACCAUCAGUGUUGCCUUGAUAACAGGUCUUAUUACAGGUUUAAUCCUAAACCUCAAACUGUUGAAGCCCAUCCCUGUCUCCAAGUAUUUUGAAGACCAGAUGUAUUGGGAGUUUCCUCAUUUGGCUGUUGGAUUUUGAAUGGAUGAACCCAAGUGGAAGACUUGACCAAGAUCUGUAUUUGUCACUAGAGAAAAUGAGUAACUAUGAUGAAACAGCACUUAAUUAUUAGCACACUUAAAAAAGCCUUCCCAAUGGACACGUGAAAAAUUUGCAACAAAAUGUUCAUUAUUUCUGAACAAUCAGCACAUAUAUUUACAGAUGGAGAACGUAUAACCCAUUUUCUUUUCUGUUUUGACAAUUUUACCUUAAAUAUUUUUGUAGUAUGUGUACAGAAAGCUGCUGUCAUGGCUUAUCAAUUAAAAUGCUUGGAAGCUUUUAAAGCUGUAUUUAGUUCUGAAGUUUAAAAGUCCAAAUCUGUGCAAUACACACUUGUUCUGAUCUAGUGAAGUGCUGAAGUUCUUAUUUAUAAGUUCAAUUAAGUUCUGUUGAAGGCUUUGUUAAGCAAAGAUUUGAUGACUGAGCCAGACCACAGCCGGAACUCCACACUGUGCCAGACUGAAAUCAUGUUACCAGAAAAAUCUGUUCUUGGCUCAGCCAAAAUUUGCAAGAUCUGAUGGCAAGAAAUGACAAGCAGAACCUCCUGGGUUUCACUGGGGGGUGGUCAGCCUGGAAAAAGAUCUGGAAACGAUUCCUUAAACACUGCCAGCUAAAGGCCUUACCUUGGAUUUAAAUGAAGUAAAGCAGAUACGUGCUUGUAGAGUACUUCUACAUGCAGGGGCUUUGGUGCAUGAGGCACAGCCUGCUCAGUCAGAGGAUGCUGUGCAAACGUGUUUUUAAAUGGAUGGUGGUCCUAAGCUUUUUCUUCAUUUCAAAAUAGUUGACAUUUUUUUCUUUAACUGCUUACAUAAUUAAAGAAGUGGAACCUUGGUUGUUUUUAUUUACUCAUCACACUUGCUUAAAAAUGAAGGAAUGAGGCAAACUGUAACACUGAAAACAAGAGAUGGAGUAUUUGAUGCUUGCUGCAAUGUUUGCUGACAUCUAAUUAAUUCAUUAGGGAAUAAACAAAGCAGAUCACUGCAAUUAAAGGAAGUUGAGACAGAGUUCCAAGUAACUUGUAGAGGAAGUGUCACUGUUUCUUAUUUCACAAAAUAGCCAGCGAUCUACUUAUUUAUCAGCUGCAUGCAGCUUUUACCAGCUGACAGUGCCAUUCAGCACAGAUAUCUACACGUUUAUAUGCUUCCUUAUCACACAUUUAGCACAUUACUGCCCUGGAAAUACUGUAAUCCAGGCUGAACUUGCGUCCUUCAGUUCCUUACAUUCCAGCAACCCAAUGAACAUAACUUCUUACGUGCUUCUGCUGUCUUCCAGCAGGAGUGGUGGUAAAGAAUAGUAUUUCAUUCUUCUGUUUCUUUCCCAUCUCUUUGCUCCCUGAUUUCUUGAGCAUGUAACCAAGAUGUGUGUAUAGGAUGGGGCAAAACUGCUCCUCUUGUAUCUCAGAGUUCAAAUGAAUAUGGAUCAGAAAUCUCUCUUGCAGGCCCUGUCCCUGGUUUAACUCCCAGCUGAGAGUGUUCUUCCUUCUCAUUAUUGUGAUUAGGAAUUAAGUUUACAGCAAGCUUUGUGGAUGAGCUCCUUACAGCCAGAACCAGUACAUAACUUGAACCUGUGUCUCUACAGUGUCUGCAGCAACAGUGAGUUGUUCACUACCCUCACAGCCAUUGUAUUAAACACUCAGGGAAAAACACAGUCCACAGCAGCACAGCUUCAUGCAGGAAAAAACACAAACCAGUCAAAUCUGAAAGUGAAGAACUGUUUAUAUUGUCCAGAUAUAGGAAAUACUUAAUAAAUAUAUGUUAAAAAUUUGUUUUAAAGCAAGUAGGACUUGGGUUGUAAAUAUCAUAGAAAGUAUUAAAUGGUUAAAUGCAUUAAUCCUCCACUAUUCUAUUUACUUAUAGCAAACAUCGUACAAAAGUGACUUCCAUUGCUACUUGUAGCAGUUUUGCAUGUCAGAAACAUUACAACAUUUAAAUCAAUAUAACUGUUUUUAGGGUAUUUUUUUUUUCCUUAAAAAAAAAAAAAAAAAAAAA